AUGACUUUGAAAAUUUCUAUUGGUGUAUUUUCCUUGGAUUAUGAUGAGACAAUCACCCAAAUUGAUACAUUUGAAGGUGUUAUAUUUCAAGCUUGCAAGAUUCAUUAUGAAAAAUUAGGUAAAGAUAUAAAUUUUAAGGAAAUGGAGAAUAAUAUUGUAGAAGUUUUUAAGAAGCAUAGAAUUGAACGUGAAAAUUGGUGUGGAUCUUGGUUACCUAAUACUCCACUUAAAGAUUUUAGAUGUGAUGAAAUAUCAAAAUUAUUUUUAUCUCUUUCAGAAUUUGAAUCACAUUUUAAUUGUAAAAUGGAUAGUGAACUUAUACCAAUUAAAUAUCUUAAUGAAUAUAUUGUAAAUAACUCAUCACAAAUAGCUCCUAAAGGGUGUAUAUUUAAAGAUAAAGCACAUGAUACUAUUCAUUCUUUAUCAAAAUUUUCAAAAUUAUGUCUUAUAAUUUCUAUUGGAUGGUGUUCUGAACGUAUUUUACAAACUGUUAAACCUGUAAUAUAUGAUGAUAAGAAUUGUGAAUUAAAAUGUAUAUGCAAUGAGUUUUUAUAUGAUUCUCCUAAUGGUGUUGUAACUGCACCAAAUGGUUUAUAUGGACCAACAUGUAAAUAUCGUAGAUUUAAGCAAGAAAUUGAGGUUUAUGAAAAGAAAUUUAAGAGAAAUGUUUUAAGUAAAUUAAAAUAUUCAUAUUUAUACAGAAUGAUGAAAUAUUAUUUCAAAAAUGAAAUAUAUAUACAUUCAAUAUUUAUUGGUGAUAGUGUUACAGAUCUUGAAUCAAUAUUAUUUGCUGAAAUAGGGAUUAUUAUUGGAUAUAAUCCAAAAUAUGAGUUAAAUACAGAUUCAAAUACUGUAUCUACUGUUUCCUCACAGAGUAAUAUUGAAGUAGAUGAAAAUUCAACUAUAAAUAAUUCUGAAACUGGAUAUCAAAAUCAAUUAAUUCUUGGUGAAUUUCUUAUUAGAAUAUGCAAAUUAUUCGCAGUAAAUAUUGUUCCAAUUGAUUCUAAAUAUAUAUCUAGAUGUAUAGAUUAUGAUUUAAAAGUUUACAAUAAAAUAAAGAGAAAUGAUGAUGGUAUAGUUAAUUUGUCUAAUUAUGUGAGAAAUGUACAAAGACUUAGAUCAAAAUAUUCUAAUACUUCACUAUAUAAUAAGUUUUCUGGGAUUUGUCUCAUAGCAUCUUGUUGGGAUGAUAUAUACAAAUUAUUCCAUCAAUAA